AUGCCACUAGAAAGUCUGGCACCAGAACUGGUGUCUAUCAUCUUACGAAAUAUUGACUCACCUCGCGGUCUCCACGACCUGAUUGCAGCAUCGCCUGCCUGUUUACGAGUCUUCUUACAAACCCCAUAUCUCAUUCUAUCAGCUGUGGUGCGAAAUGCAUUACCAAGUGGCACGACGAAUCAUUAUAUCGCUGCUUGGCGGGCCCCUCCACCCUCUCUACCCCCCCUACGUGAGACUAAAGAUGAGAUAUUGUUGUUCUUGAAUGAAUACUUUAGUGCCACUACGCGGUUUGAGUUUCCGGCAAACCAGAAAGAGCUUGUAUCGUUUUUGCAACUCUAUCAUCAGGUUGAUUAUCUUGUCAAGAUGUUCUUACAUCAGAUGCGUCAACUUGGGUUUGACGAUACGAUUCUGGCGCCUUCAUCUUCUGAGUCUACUCGACUUGACAGAGCGUUUCUGAGAUAUGACAUCUACUGCAGCGUAUUUGCGCCAAAUGAUUUUGAAACAUUGGAGAGACCUUAUCAAUUUUCCGGCGCUGAACAAUUCGAUCUAUUCUUGAGGCGACUGAGGCCAUGGGAGGUUGAGGAAAUGGCCUGUGUCCAGGUGUAUUUUGCCCUUCUCACGGGGGACUGUAUUAGCCAACUUGAGGAGCAGCUCAUUGAAGCUGUCCAGAGUACCCCUGGGAUUGUAUGGCCAUCGUCUCCAGAUUCAAAACCGGGAGAAGAGACCGGCGAGAACGGAGAGAAACAGAUACUGAGCAAGGGAGACGACAUGAGGGAAUUCAAGAAUUUGGAUAUCACCAAUCUGAUGUUAUUCUCCAAAGACGGCAUAUACAGUUCUCCGGAUAGUAUCACCCACAUGACCGCUCUGGGCCUUGAGAUUAUGUAUCUGCUCUGUAAAUCAGAGGACCGAAGAUCUGACUUGAUUCGUUCAAACCCUCCGGACUACCGCGAGUUCCUGCCGGAAGCCCUCAGUCAUUCGCCGGCAUGGACACCAGAGGGUCAAAAUCAGGGUGUUUCUAUCGAGAAAACAGAUUCACUGGAUGAUCCAUCGCGCGAGAACCUCGGUUAUGUCUUAUUUGGAAAUAAUCACAACAUGGGAACGGUAUACCUUCCUAUCGAUCCUACGGGUUCUCACCACUCAAUACUUAGGCGGCUCGGGUACAUCUUUUGGGACUCGUGGAGGAUACAAUCUCCUGAAGUGUCUGAUAGACUUCGAGCGGUAGAGAAGAUGACAUAUGAUGAAAUACACGAGCUGUUUAAUAGGCCGUGGCAAAACGGAGCUGAGGCCAGGCUUCAGGGGGUAAAACUGCCACGAGACGAGUUUGAAAAGAUUGAAAGGGAAUUUGGGUAUAUCGAAAAUCCUGCAGAUUCGGAGUAA